UUUAGGCGAGCACCAGCAGCAGAGCCCCAGUGGAUUUUUAAAAACAGCUUCUACUAGGUAGAAAAAGGAUCAAGGAAUAAUUUGCACCUGUGUCUUCUCUGCAGGUCCAAGUUUAAGCUCCCGAGAAGAAGAUGGUCUACGACAUGACGCACAUGGCGGCGGGUCCGCCGCAGAGCAUCGCCCUGAGUCGCUACUACCUGCCCGAGGAGGAUGAGAUGGUCGUUGGAGCCAACAAUCCGCAUUUGGUUAGCGACGACUAUGCAGCCAGCACCACGCUGGAUAUCGACAAGCGCUUCCAGGCGCGUAUGGCCUGCGAGACGGCUGCCCAGCCGGCUCCGCCGCCGCCUCCCACACCGGCACCGCGUCGCCGGACCACUCCCAUUGCCCACCUGGAUCCUUCGGAGCUGGUGGGUUUGUCGCGCGAGGAGCGUCGUCGCCGACGCCGGGCCACGCUCAAGUAUCGGACGGCACAUGCCACGCGAGAACGCAUCCGGGUGGAGGCCUUUAACGUGUCCUUCGCUGAGCUGCGCAAGCUGCUGCCCACUUUGCCGCCGGACAAGAAGCUGUCCAAGAUCGAGAUCCUCAAGCUGGCCAUCUGCUAUAUUGCCUAUCUAAAUCAUGUGCUGGAGACGCCCUGAGACAGCGCCGGCGCCUCCA